AUGGUUUACAAUAAAGAUGUUGUAAUUAAUAUGUUCCCUAAAAGGAUGUGGGUCACUGUAUCAGAUAAUUUUGAUUUCAUCAAGAUUCUGAAUCAAAUGGUAGUAUCUCUCACUUCAAAGGCUUCUGCAUUGGAAAAUGCGGAAGGGUUGAUCAAAGAUCUUCAGAAAAACCUAAAGGGCGAAAAGUUUUUACUUGUACUAGAUGAUGUAUGGGAUGGGAAACCAGAGGAGUGGGAGAAGUUGAGAAAUUCUUUGCUUGGAGUUGGCGGUGCAAGAGGUAGCAAUAUUUUAAUUACCACUCGUAAGCAGGAAGUCCUUGAUGCUAUGCGAUGCUCUGAUCCUUAUAAGGUGGCAAAACUAUCCGAGGAAGAUAGUUGGGAAUUGUUCAAGCAAAGAGCAUUUUCAGAUGGAGGAGCGUUGCAGACCGAGGCAUUUGUGGCCUUGGGGAAAAGAAUGGUAGAAAGAUGUAGCGGUCUGCCUCUAGCAGUAAAAACACUAGGAAGUUUAUUGUACUCAAAGAAGACUGAACAGCAGUGGUUGCACAUUCAAAAUAGUGAACUAUGGAAAUCGACAAGUGUACUCCCUUCCUUGAGAUUAUCAUAUGAUAAUUUACCUAAUUCAUCUUUGAAGCGAUGUUUUGCAUAUUGCUCUAUUAUGCCAAAGGAUUCUGACAUAUAUAAGGAUGAACUGAUACAAGUAUGGAUGGCAUUAGGAUUCCUUUUGGAAGAUAGUAAUGUUUUGAUGGAGGUCAUCGGAAACGAGUACUUUGACAUUCUCUUGUCGAAUUCUUUGUUACAGGAUGUGGAAAGAGAUGAAUAUGGAAACAUUACCAAAUGCAAGAUGCAUGAUCUUGUACAUGAUCUUGCACUAGAUGUGUCAAGUAAUAUUUCCGCUAUAGUGAAGCCAAGUCAGGAUUUCAACAAGGUCAGAAAAGCUACACAGGUAAGGCUGGAAGGGUUUGAAGAUGUAAAACAAAAUAUUUUUCAGGAGGCGCACUUAGAUGCGGUACAAGCACUAUAUGCAGAGGCCGAUAUUUUUAAUAGUGCAGAGGCCGAUAUUUUUAAUGUCCUGUUACCGAACCUCAAACACUUGAGAGUUUUGGUUUUGAAUUCAUUUUGUGAGGAGUUUCCUAGUUCAGUAACAAAUUUAAAAUGCCUUAAGCAUCUCGAUAUUUCAAAUGCUCGGGGACAAAAAACUACUGUUACAUUGCCAUAUUACAUCACGAGACUUUUCAGCUUGCAGACUUUGAGAAUUUCAUACUACCAUGAACUUCCAGAAAAGGUCUGUAACCUUAUAAACUUGCGACAUCUUGUAAUUCCCAAUCACAGGUCAAGAUACGUAUUUGUCGGGAUAGAGAGACUAAGUCAUUUGCAAACACUGCCUUAUUUUGUUGUGAAUAAAGAUCAAAAUUGUCUUGUUGAACAUUUGGGAGGACUAAAAAACCUUAGAGGUGAGCUUCAACUCCAUGGCCUUGGCGACGUGGCAAAUAUGGAAGAAGCAAGCAGGGCAAAGCUUCGUGAAAAGUCUAAUAUUGAGGUUUUAGUUUUAAAUUGGAACAAAAAUAUUGGUGCUUUCCGGGAAGACGGGGAAAACAAAGAUGAUGGUGUGAUGAAAGGAUUGGAACCUCACCCGAAUCUUAAAGAAUUGAUUAUUUACUGCUAUAUGGGAAAGAAGUUUUCAUCUUGGAUCACAAUGAUGAACAACUUGGUGAAAAUCUUGUUGGUUGGUUGCAACAGAUGCACAGAAUUUCCAUCACUGGGUCAGCUUCCCAAGCUAAAGAAGAUAAAUUUACAGGGGAUGGAAAAUUUGAAGGUUAUGGGGAAUUAUUUAUUGGAAAGUCUAGACAGUGCAGCCACGAAGACAGUGACAACUAUGUAUCCGUCGCUCAUGACUAUCACUUUGUAUAGGCUGGAAAAGCUAGAAGAAUGGACAGAAGAAGUGAUGAGCACAGGGAGUCAUGACCAAAGUGUAUUUCCUAAACUUGAGAGUUUGGAAAUUAUGUAUUGUCCAAGGUUAAGCAAGAUUCCAAAUAUUUGUUUUCCGGCCUUGAAGGAGCUCAAAAUCACUGAUUUGGACAGCAGCGUGAUAGUGGAAACAAUGAGCAAAAAGGUUACCUCUCUCCUAUGUUACUCGGACUCGGGUACGGAGUGUCGGACACGACACAUAUUCGAGUGUCGGACUUCAGAACUAUGGAAAUUGGAGACACGGGGACACUGUCCUAUUUUUGGACACGGGUACGGGGACACAUCGUAA